UAUACAAGAAAAAUACCAUUAUUUCCUGGAAUAAGCUCUAGCAUUACGGUUUGAAAAGAUCGUAAACUUACUUUGACACCAUGGUUGUAGCUUUCUCCCCAAAUAUGAUCUUCUAUUACCUUGCAAUACAUAGCAUCGUGUGCUUCGUUCCUUCCGAAUCGAUUGGGUUUACCUUACGACUUAUCCCCCGAUUCUCCCCCGAGUCGCCCCUUUAUCCCGGGAACCUCACCUUCGAGGAACAGCUUGAUCAAGCGAUCGAGAUAUCCAAGUCACGAGCCAAUUACAGUGAUUUCCUGUCAACCCCAGAGUCAUCAUUAUCACCGGACAACAUCCGCUUCUGGGUUCGACCCGACAACUUCUUCUAUACCACCGAAGUCACCCUCGGGACACCGACAUCUCCGCAACAGCUGCUGGUGGAUACGGGGAGCGGGCUAAUUUGGACCCAAUGUGCACCGUGCAUUAAUUGCUAUGAUCAGUCGAUCCCAAUCUUCAACCGGGAUCAGUCCAGGACGUACUCGAAAGUACCCUGUGAUGAUCCAAUAUGUGCCCGGCACAAAUGUCUUGACGGGGAAUGCGCGUACCAGAUAAAUUACGGGGGAGGGGCCGUGAGUCGAGGACUUGUAUCGAAAGAAACGUUUACAUUUACGACUAAUCAAGGCCUUGUGAGGGUGCCAAACAUUGUCUUCGGGUGUGGGGAUGAUAACCAGAGAUUUGCAUUCGACCGACGCGGGAUUUCCGGGAUCCUAGGUUUAGACAUGGGGCCGGACUCAUUGACAAUGCAGCUAUUCAAUCAAAUCCAAGGUCGUUUCUCGUAUUGUUUGGUGUACAGUAAGGCCGAGAUGACUGCCAGUAGCCCGUUGAGGUUCGGAGAGGAUACAGUCCUUCCGCCAAGACCGGACAUUCAGACAAUUAGUAUUGUCAAACAGCGAAGAUUCAAAAAUAUUUAUGUGAAGUUAGUCGAUGUCAGUGUUGGGGACAAGAGGCUCGGAUUCCCUCCAGGUACGUUCGAUCUUGAUACCAACACUGGGCGAGGAGGUUGCAUGUUCGACACGGGAGCCCUUGGCAUGUACUUCAAUCAGGGGCCAUACGAUGCCGUGAUGAAGGAAUUCGAUGAUCACUUCAGCUCCUUUGGCCUAAAGAGGGUAAGUGUCAGUAAGGACCUGAGAUACUGUUACAAUUAUCAUCCCAAGUUCCAGGCUUAUGCAAAAAUGACCCUGCAUUUCCCGACCGCUGAUUACGUUGUCGAGCCUACUUACCUGUACCUCCAUUACGAGAGGAAGGGUUACUUCUGCGUGGGGGUGUUCAUUUAUCCUGGACAACAGCAGCAGACUAUCAUCGGGUCGUGGCUGCAACAGGACAUGCGACUUCUUUACGAUCUCAACGUCGGAGUGAUCCGAUUUAUGCCAGAGAACUGUGCUGCAGAUCAAUAGAAGCGAAUGAGCCUCUUCACUAAAAGGUUGAAUUUCCAACAGUGAUGUAUUGCGUUUCGAAUGAAAUUUAAUGCAAUGCAAUGUAUUUGGGGUCUAAUAUUAUCACAAUGCCUUAAGUAAAGU